AUGUGGCCCUUCCUCAGCCGCGCCCUCUUCCCUCCCCCUACUGAGGCCUGGCUCCAGAGGGCUUCCUCAGACCCCGAGGCCCAGGGCUGGGGGGCCUGGAGCCCAGCUGAGAAGACCCAUCUGGGCCCGGGGGCUGGCGGGGAGGAGGAGGAGAUGGGGGAAGCUGAGGAAGAUGAUGAGGAAGAUGCCGGCUUCCUGCUGUCUCUCUUGGAGAGGGAGGGCCUGGCUGAGUGCCCAGUGCCUGACCAGGAGCUGGAGGCCAUCAGACUGAAGCUGUGGGCCAUGGAGCAGGCCCAGGGGCCGGAGCCGCCCAGGGUGCAGGACCUGGAUGAAGGAGAGGAAGCUGCCGGGGCCCUGCUGGCCAGGCAGCUACUGAGUCCCAAGACAGACAGCCCCCUGGAGAAGGCAGAGGCUGACCAUAGAUCCGUCUACGUGGGCAAUGUGGACUAUGGGGGCACGGCCCAGGAGCUGGAGGCCUAUUUCAACCACUGCGGGGAGAUUCACCGGGUCACCAUCCUGUGUGACAAGUUCUCUGGACACCCCAAGGGCUAUGCCUACAUAGAGUUUGCCACCGAGAGCUCGGCCCAGGCCGCCGUGGAGCUGGACAAGAGCAUCUUUCGAGGCCGGGUCAUCAAGGUGCUGCCCAAAAGGACCAAUUUACCAGGGAUCAGUUCCACGGACCGCGGAGGCCUCCGAGGACACCCAGGAGCCAGAGUGGGAUCCUUCCCUCACAGCGGCCUCCAAGGCGGGGCCCGUUUCAGGCCACGAGGGCGGAGCCGGGGACGCGGAAGAAUCUCACCGUGGUUUUCUCCGUAUUGA